UUCUACUACCAAAUCUCUCUUUCAGUUUCUACUACCAUUUUCUUGCCAGGCUUCACCAAAAAUGAACCCAAUUAAGACACGUUCUCUGGAGGUCACCGUCAUAUCCGGCCACAACCUCUGUAUCGGUCAAAAUCCGGUGACGGAGGACAUGCAUGUCGUGGUCCGGACGGAGUCAUUAAACUGUUGGACCACGACAAUGGCGAAGCAAGGAGGUGAUGGCUCAGGUUCAGGGUACUGUGCUAUAUGGAACGACAAGUUGAUGGUAGAGGCGCCAUUACAUGCAAAGUCUAUUACGUUCGAAGUUGAGUGUAAAACGUCGAAAGGUGUAGUUCGAUCCAUUGGGCUGGCGAGAAUAGCGAUUUCGGACGUUGUACCAAAGGAAGAGGGAUGUUCGUCGGAGGUGUUGAGUUACAGGUUGAGGAACUGGGAGGGACGGAGAAGUGGGGUCAUCAGUUUCUCAGUGAAGACGAAGAAGUAUGAAGAUGACGGUUCAAUGUGGUCUAGGUCUGGGGGCUUCCACCAUCACAUGGAUGUUCAAAAUAAUGGACUCGUUUUGGGGAUUCCCGUUUGGUGGAAUCAUCUUCGCUUACAUGUUUGAGAAAUUCAACACACGCACGCACGCUCUAUGGUUGAUUAAUAUGAAGUUACCGUUGAUAGUAUUCAAAAAAAAAAAAAAGUACAAAUCAUAUUAUUUCUUAAGA